AUGGUUCUGUUUGAGGAACACACAACAUGGCUAUCGAUAUUGAUAGCUGUUGUCACAUUAACGACGCCUGUACUCUCAAGCUCACCGCGGGUAGUGUGCUACUACACAAACUGGUCGGUGUAUCGUCCGGGUACAGCAAAGUUCAACCCACAGAACAUCAACCCCUAUCUGUGCACUCAUCUCGUUUACGCUUUUGGAGGCUUCACAAAAGAAAACACUUUAAAACCCUUCGACAAAUACCAGGAUAUUGAGAAAGGUGGUUACGCUAAGUUUACGGGGCUCAAAACGUACAACAAAAAUUUGAAGACUUUGCUGGCUAUUGGUGGCUGGAAUGAGGGCUCAACGAGAUUCUCACCGAUGGUCGGUGCUAAGGAUAGAAGGAAGGAGUUCGUUAGGAAUGCUAUUAAAUUCCUUAGACAAAACCACUUCGACGGUCUCGACCUGGACUGGGAGUACCCAGCCUUCAGGGACGGUGGAAAGCCAAAAGACAGAGAGAAUUACGCCAAGUUAGUGAAGGAAUUGCGUGAGGAGUUCGAUAGGGAAUCUGAGAAGACUGGCAAGCCUCGUCUUCUCCUAACUAUGGCUGUGCCUGCUGGAAUUGAGUAUAUACAAAAGGGCUUCGAUGUGAAGACUUUAAAUCGAUACCUGGACUGGAUGAACCUGCUCACCUACGACUACCACUCGGCCUUCGAGCCCGCGGUCAAUCACCACGCGCCACUCUACCCGCUCGAAGAACCCAAUGAAUACAGCGUCGAUAAUGAACUUAAUAUUGACUACACCAUCAAAUUCUACCUCGAGAACGGCGCAGACCGCGACAAACUCGUCCUCGGCAUACCCACGUACGGCCGAUCCUACACACUGUUCAACCCCGACGCCGUGGAGAUAGGCUCACCGGCGGACGGGCCCGGCGAGCAGGGCGAUGCCACCAGGGAGAAGGGAUAUUUGGCGUAUUAUGAGAUCUGUGAAUCUCUGAAACCAAAAACCAAGAAACGAGCGAUCGCCUCAGAAGAAUAUUCGGAAGAAGAGUCAGAAGAAUCAGAAGAAGAAGAAGAAAAAGAAUGGACUAUUAUGUAUCCGAAUAAGAACGCGAUGGGCCCAGUAGCGUUUAAAGGCAACCAGUGGGUCGGAUACGAUGAUAUCGACAUUGUUAAGAAAAAAGCCGAAUAUGUUGCUGAAAAUGGACUUGGAGGUAUAAUGUUCUGGUCGAUCGACAACGACGACUUCCGCGGCACCUGCCACGGCAAGCCCUACCCGCUCAUAGAGGCCGCCAAGGAGUCCUACAUACUGAAACUGGGAUCCACAGACAAUGUUCUAGAGAAGGAAUCUUCAUCACAGACUAGAACUAAGUCGAGUGGUCGCAGGAGGAACCGGCCGCAGUCCAGCUCUACCACCACAACUACCACCCCCAAACCUAAAACCAAAAGCAGCAAGCGCAAGAGCAGCGCGGCCGCGAGCACGACGCCCGCCUGGAACAUCGUCACGCCGGAGCCGCCCACCACGCCCGACCCGGGAUCUGACUUCAAGUGCAAGGACGAGGGCUUUUUCCCGCACCCGCGCGACUGCAAGAAGUACUUCUGGUGCCUCGACUCCGGCCCCUCCGACCUCGGCAUCGUGGCGCACCAGUUCACCUGUCCCUCGGGUCUCUACUUCAACAAAGCAGCAGAUUCUUGCGACUUCGCCCGCAACGUCCUUUGCAAGAAACCAACAGAUACAACCAAAGCACCGACCAAAGCAACCACCGCCGCCAAGACAACCGAAGCCACAACCACCACCACAACCACAACAACCACGACAACCAGACGCCCGAUACGACUUACUUCUAGAAGCUCCUUGUUGUUUAGAACACCUCCUUCUACCACCACCACUACUACUACUCCUGAGCCUGAGGUAAGUGAAGAAGAAGAUGAGGUGACAGCAGAAGAAGUGGCAGAUAUUGAAGCAGAAGAUCCAAAGGUUAUUAAGGAACUGAUCGAUCUCAUUAAGAAAGUUGGUGGAGUGGAACAACUCGAAAAACAUUUGAAGUUAUCAGAGUCUUCUAGUUCGGGCACAACGGACGGUGUCGCCUCCACCACACCUUCUUCCUUCAAUAAGAAAUUGUACCAACGUGUAUUGGAGAAGACUAGAGGAAGGAACAAGUUCACCGGCAACAGCGUGAUCGAGAGCCAGUCGGGCAACAGCGUGUUGGAGGGCGGCGUGCAGAACAGCCGCCGCGCCCCGCAGAAUGAGGGGCUCGAGCGUGGCGCGGAUGCUGACAGACUGCUGAGGAGGGACAGGCCGCAAUACGUAACAAUCAACCGAUCUCGAUCAUCAUCGACCACACCGAUAUCGCCCGACAGCGAAGAGUUUGAAGAGGAAUCCGAAGAAGUCCAAGUAUCCAGAUCUAGGGAGAUCCCGCGGGAUUCGCUUUCGAGGGAAAAAGAGAGUGUCGCGACCAGCGCGCGCCCGCUGCAGUAUGUGAACAUACGACGGACCAGACCCACCAGUGCUGGGACAGAAGCUCCUGAUGAUUCUAGGAACGCGCUGUUCGAGCGCGCGGAGCCCUACGCGGCGGUUCGGGAGUCCCCGAACUCGCUGGACGCCGCGAGCGCGCGCCGCGAGAACAUUCCCGAAUACGUCACUAUUCGACGCUCUAGACCUACCGCUGAAACUACAACUCAGCAAUACGAAGCGUCAGAAGAAGAAAACGACAAAGAAUCUCAAGAGACAGCAUUAGAAAGAGAAAUUUCUUCACAAGUGGCGCAACCGCAAUACACGUCAGUAGUUAGAACUCGAUCAACCACUCUUCCUCCUGAACCUGAACUAAACACUCCCGAACCCACCACCAUCCUUUCUGUUCAAAUAUCUUCCCUACUAAAUGCGCAAAGUUCGGAAGAAGUACAAAGUCCCGUACCCGAACCAGUUCUAACGACUGAAGCCGAAACGACAACUACUUCCACUACAGUAACAACUACUACAACAUCUACUACUACUACUCCAGCCCCUACUACGACACGACGACCUCUUCUAAGGCGUCGAGGAUCAACAAUCCAAACAACUACUACCGAAGCACCAACAUCAACAACACAGGUGAGUUCUAGGAAUUAUUCUUUCAUACGCAGACGUAGACCCUUAUCCCAACCCAACGAAAUAUCAGAAUCUAAUGAAUCGGUCGAAAGUUUGCGAAAAAUAAGGUCGACUACACCAGAUAGUCGUGAAGUAGGCAGUGUGAAAGAUAGUGAUAGUGGAGUGGUCAAACGAUUUAGGAGUAAGUUCCGUAUAUCGCGGACUGAAGACUCUGUACCGGCUGCUGCGUCUCAAGUAGCAACAGAUCAGUUAGGUUCUCAAGUAGCCCAAGAUGUAUUAUUUACAGCUAUCGAUGUGGACACAUCGGAAAUUAUUGAUGGUAAUGAUAAUAGUGAUGAAGAAGUAGAAAGUAAUGAAAGAUUGCGUGGGAGGGCUCCUACAACGGUCGCUGAUAAAGCUUUAGAUAGUGAAGUAUCCGCAGCUACCAUAGAAGAAAGGCGACCAACUAAUAUCUUACCUAGAGGACGUGGAAGGUUUUCAACUUUCACGACAGUUGCUUUAGAAAAGUCGACAGAAGCCCCUGUAAGUAUAAAACGUCCAACACUUACUAGGUUUACACCACGUCCAUUCGCUAGAAGUACGGCAGCUAUAUUCAAAUCAGGAAAUAAUGUAAAUGAUGGGAAUAUUACAACCAUUCAAAGAUCACGUCCUCGCUUAACAUUUGGAAUAUCAAGAAAUACUAUUUCCACCGUUCCGCCGGUAUUGCAAGCUAGAAAAUUGCCAUUUACUAGGCAAUCUACAACUCAAACAUCAGUAGCCCCAGACAAUGAUGAUGAUGAAUUAGACAACAGAAAUGAUGACAUAAAACUAUCUGAGAGUGCAAUAGCUCUCAAAGAACACGAAGAGGAAGAAGAAGAAGAUCUAAAGUCAAAUAGGUCAGAUGAAAUAAUUGAAAAUAUACCUACUGCAGAAUCUGCUCCAGAUAGAAACGGAAAAAGGAAGUUUAGAGUUAUUCGCAGACGGCCAACACCUUCCACAACUGAAGAUUCUCUACCUGAAGCUAUAGAAACAACUACGCCAACAGUAACACGAAUUCGUAAAAUUAUAAGAAAGAAAAUAAAGUCUCCUGAGGAAGAAAUUGAAAUUUCAACGAAGCUAAUAGGAUUAGUGAACGCUGGAUUCAAAGAUGCGCCGAAAGAUUUUAUCAAUUAUGGGGAAAAGACUCGAACGACAACACCCACAAUUCCCGUAGAAGAAUACAGAACGGAUACAACUGAAAAGGAUAAUGAGGAGGAAAUAGUACCAGUAACUGAAAUACUAAAAGAAACUACGACUAAUAUAGUAAAUCACAAAGACAAUAUAGAAAAUACCAAUAUAACUUCAGAAGCCAAAAAAGAAAAUCUAAAUAUUGAUCAUGAAAAUGUAGAAGAAGAAAACCAUAAUGAAACAUUAAUUUUACACAAACAUGUAAUGGAAGAAGAAAAGCCUGAUGUUAUUAUAAAGACAGAAGAAAAAACGUUAGAUUUGUCAGAUGUCGAGAAAGAAUCAAAAAUUGAAGAUAUUAAUGGCCUGAAAGAAAAACAAAAUUCUUCGAAGUCAGAGACAAACACUGAAAAUGUUUUCAUAACUGUAGAAGAAAAAAGUAUAUCCAUAGAAAGUAAUGUCAAUACUACAACAAAAGAAUCAUCAGAUAACAAGCAAAGCGCAGAAAAAGAUGGCGAAGAUUCUACUAUAGAAUUAUCUGGCACAGAAACAGUAAUAACUGAAACUACAACAACGAGUACAACCAAAUUAACAUCACCAACACCAAGAUCAAGAUCACCAUAUAGACCCGCAAAACGACUAUUCACAUCAACUACAGAAUCUACACCAUCGAGUAGUAGAACUUAUAGUCGUAAAUAUAAUCCUGGAGUAUAUACAAGCCCGGCAACUGUCGACAGACCAGGUACUUUUAGCCGUGGUACUACAAAAAGACCUCUAUUUUCUAGAACAUUCACUAGAAGAACAUUUCCUCCAGUGAGGACUACUCCAAAACCACAAGAAGAAGAUGAAGAAGAGUACUCAGAUGAAGAAAUUUUAGAAGCAGAGCCUGAAAAUCCAUUUGCUAUUGUUCCACCAAAUAAACUAUUUACGAGAAAACCAAACCACUCCGAAGAGUAUGAAGAUCUAGAUGAAGAAGAAGAAGAAGAAGGUAAUAAUGAGGAUUUAGAAGUACCUGAAGAUGAAAUAGAGGAAGAAGAGGAACAACCAAUAAGUUUUAAGCCAACGUCUAAAAAGCCUUCAUUCAAACCACGUGUUAUUAAUUCGAAUACUUUUAGAACUUCUACAUCCACCACAGAAAUACCAAAACCUUUAAAUAAUCAAAAUAAAACUAUUAUUUACAAUAGAUUUAGUAGUAACAAGCCUGUUAAUGACACUAAAAAACGUGUUCAAAACGUGCCAAUUGGCUACGGUGGUCCUAAGCCGGCGCUAAGUUUGAUUCCUAAAAAUUCAACGAAACUUACUAAAAAUAUUGUAUCUCAAGAAUCAGAAAAAAUAACAACGCCUCCUUCAAACAACAAUGCUGAAACAACUACAGAAAAUGAUGAUGAUUAUCUUUCGAUGUCCGAAUUAACUACGACACCUACCAGUGAAAUCGAAGUAGGAACAGUAGUGGAAGAAAUGGAAGUUAAUAACAGCACCGAUGACUAUUUAGAAUAUACUACGAAUUAUCCAACUUCUCAAGACACAACAGUUAAUUUGCAAACAGAUGUAGCUAUUGAAAGCCAAACUUCUACUGAUGCACCUACCGCAAGAAAAGUUGUAAGUGUAACAGAAGCUAUAACUGAAUCAUCACCCGAACCCACAAUUGUUGCCCCUGUUUCGCCUAUAGUAAAAACACAAUUUGACAAACUCUUUUCUAUAAGUAGAGUCGUUGAAGUGUCAUCAAAAUCAGAAAAACAUCGAUUAAAUAAAAACAAUGAAACCACGUUAAUAGAAGAAGGAAAAAUUAUGGUAGAAAAGAAACCUACCGUAGAUAAAAUUGGCGAAGUAAGUAGAUUUAGCCUAAUAAAAAUAGUCGAAGAUGAAAUACCAAUUUAUCUAACAAAAUAUGGUCAUAUUUAUCCUGUAGAUAAUCCUCCAUAUAAUCCAAUUCGUAUUGACGAAGCUCGUAAUGCAAGAGCUCUAGUUGACUUUUCUGAUAUACCUAAAGAAAAUUUAGUUGCUUCUGAAAGUAUGAAUGAAGCUUAUCGUCAUGUAAAUCGAGUUGUCCACCCAACGAAAUCAUCUGAUAAGGGACACGUAGAGCAUAUACCGAGCGAUGACUUUCUGAGCUAUGUUAAUGAUGACAAAAAAACAGAUAAAUCGGAAGAAAAUGACUCUUAUCCACAAUGGCAAUUUAUUCCUGCGGCUUAUGAAAAUGAAAAAUCAAAUCUAGUUAAAGCUAAAAGUUUUGGUAUAGUUACACCUCGCUUGAUGACAACGGAUCCAUCAACUUUGCCUUUGGAGUCAUUAUUCAGAACAGAAAAUCCCAUGCCAAGAAAAGUUAACGAAGAUAAAGACAAUAAGCCCUUUGUUGUGUAUUCUGCCUCCAUUUCUAAUGAAGAAAAAGAAGCCAGCCUUGUAAAACUGAAAAUAUUGAUACCCCAAACUGCUAGAAAUAUAGUAACCUUUGCCAAGGGCAGAGAGUUUAAGGGUCCUUCCGUAGAGGAAUCAACGAUAAAAUACCCGAUUAGUAUAUCGGUACUGGAAAAAUCUCCUGAAUACAUUCACACGUCAACCCCUAUGAGUACAUCCACAGAUGCUAAAACAAUAUCUUCAUCAACGACAACUGAAACUUUAAGUACUUUAAUGACAUCAACAGAAAACAUAAUGACUAGCCCAAUAUUAGAACUAUUGACAACUGUUGCCCCAACGAUUUCACAGUCCGAAGCUGAUUUAUAUGAAAAAACAACGGAAUUACCGUCUCCAACACAAACAACUACCGAAAUAUCUGCCACCGAGACAACAGCUGAAGAAACAACCACAGUCACAAUAUCACCAGUUGACGCCAAGAGAGCAAAAUAUGGGUUGAGAAGACCUAUCAUAAGACCCUCAAAUUUUACUAGAUUGGCUUCAGCACCAAGAACUGUAUCUAGAGUAACUAUUACCCCGAAACCAAUUCAGAGAGCAAAUAAAACUUCUAGUUUCAGUCCGAAUAAGACGCGAUUUUCAGCAAAUAGGGCUCAAAAUGUACCAAUAGAUAUAAGAAAAAAAACUACAACAAAAGUAGCUAGAACCUUUACUACAGAAACUCCUCGGUCGACUACCGAAAGGAGGGUGUUCAAACCAAUUAGACCAGUGAGACCGGCAUUCGUUCCCAGAAGACAAACAACUCCCCCGCCUACUGUCGACGCGGAAACG